UUGUUUAUACAUAAUUUCAGAACUGAUGAUAUCAUGAUGCAGUCUUUGGCGUUAAUCUUGAUGGCUUUGUCUGCAGUACUGGCUGCUCCUGCCCUUGUACCAGCUCCGCUAGUUGAUGAUGAAUACCCUCUCGCGGAGAGGAGAGAAUAUGCUGAUCAAAUAAUCGUGCCCCAGAAGCGAGCAGCCUUGGUUCUUGAUCGUUUGCUGAUAGCUCUUCAGAAGGCUCUUCAUGAUGAGGCAGUGGGGCAGCGUUUAGAAGCUGACCGAGAGGGUCCCAGGACAGCGCCGCUACGGAUAGCCAAUUUUGACAACAAUGACGUGUCAGGACUACAAAGACGAGGUCAAGGCACCGGCCGAGGGCGGGUCCUGCGAUGCUACUUCAACGCCAUUACUUGCUUUUAA